AUGGGAGUACCCACCCCGGCCGAGACGCCCGUGUACGACAUGGGGCCGGCGUCCAAGCUGGCGUCCGGCGACCUCGAUGCGUCCAAGACAGCCUCAACAGCCGACCCCGAGGGCCAAGAGUGGCUGACAAAGGACGACGCCGCGCUCGAGGGGCUCGGCUACCGCCCCGAGCUGAAGCGCAACUUUAGCAGUCUCGAGACCUUUGGCGUCGCGUUCAGUAUCAUGGGCGUCGUGCCGUCCAUCGCGUCGACCAUCUUCUACAACCUCCCCUACGGCGGCCCCGUCGGCAUGGUGUGGGGCUGGUUCCUCUCGUCCAUCCUCAUCAUGUUCAUCGGGCUCGCGAUGGCCGACCUCGCGUCGAGCAUGCCGACAUCCGGCGGCCUGUACUACUGGACCUACAAGCUCGCGCCGCGCAAGUACGCCGCGUUCCUCUCCUGGAUGGUUGGCUUCCCCGUGCUCGCGGACAGUGCACGAUAUGAAACUACAGUGCUGACCUCAGACAACUCGUUCCUGGGCAACGUCGGCGCGACGGCAAGUGUGGCGUGGGGCUGCGCGGGCAUCCUGCUCGCGUGCGGCUCAGUGGCGGACGAGACGUUCGCGCCGAGUGUCGGCGUAACCUUCGGCGUGUACUGCGGCGUGCUGAUCACCUGCGGCUUCUUCUGCGCGUACGGCACAGCCCUGUUCGCGCGUCUGCAAACCCCGCUCGUGAUCCUCAACACUGCCCUUGCCCUCGUGACCAUCAUCGGCCUGCCCAUCGCACGGAGGGGACACCUGAACAGCGCCAAAUUCACGUUUGGCGGGUGGGAGAAUCUCUACGACUGGCCAAACGGGUUCGCGUUCUUCCUCUCCAUGCUCGCGCCGGUGUGGACGAUCUGUUCCUUUGACUGUGCCGUCAGUAUUUCCGAGGAGGCGGCGAAUGCCUCGGUCGCCGUGCCCCAGGCCAUUGUCGGAUCUAUCGGCUCCGCUGGCAUUCUCGGCACGAUCAUCCUCGCCAUCUUCGCGCUCUGCAUGGGCCCCUCUGUCGCCGACGUCAACGACAGCGCCAUCGGCCAGCCCCUCGCGUACAUCUACAUGCUCGGCUUUGGGCGGAACGGCACGCUGGCCAUCUGGUCCUUCAUCGCCGUGUCGUCUUAUGGCAUGGCGUGCUCCCUCCUUCUGCCGAGCAGUCGCCAGGCGUUCGCGUUCGCGCGCGACGGCGCGCUCCCCUUCUCCCGCUUCCUGUACAAGGUCGACCAGCGCAGCGGCACGCCCGUGCGCACCGUCUGGCUCGUAGUGGGGUGCUGCAUUCCGCUAGGUCUGCUCGGUUUCGCGGACCCGGUGAACCAGGCAGCCAUCAAUGCCAUCUUCGCCAUUGCCAUUCUUGGACCCUAUGUCGCAUACGGCAUCCCCAUCUUCGCCCGCGUCGUGUGGGGCAAGCACCUCUUCCACCCCGGUCCGUGGUACCUCGGCAAAUGGUCCAUUCCCGUCGCCAUCGUCGCGUGCGUGUGGAUGGUGUUCGCGCUCGUCCUCUUCUGCUUCCCGGCCGACAUGCACCCGACGGCCGGCACUAUGAACUAUGCGAUCGUCGUCAGCGCCGCCGUGUGGGCGUUCGCGAUUGGGUUCUGGUACUUCCCCAAGAUUGGCGGGAAGACCUUCUUCCACGGUCCCCGCACCGAGGACCUUAAUGACGAGCUUAUCCAGGCCUACGCUGAGGGGCACGUCGAGGACCCGGGCAAGACGAACGGCACCACUACCGUCGUCCAGGCCGUCGAGGAGCCGGAGGAGCAGCAGAUCAAGUAA